CUCGCUACCUCCUUCCGUUUUACAUUCCCGCUCGAUUCAUUCAUCAAUAACGUGUGCGAACACCUCUCGAUGUUGACAUCUCUGCUCGUACCUGUGAAUUCUUUUCGAUAGAACCUUUCGUAAAAAGCUGUUGCGCGGCGCAUGGAAUCAUGAGCGAUGAUAAUACAACCGCGCCGGGACUGAAGCGCAGACACUCGGGUGUCGAGGCGGUGUCGGGCGACGUUGGAGGGGAAAGGAGCGCGGAAGAGGAGCUCGAAGGCGCGUGGCAGAGUGUCAAGUACUACUUCAACAGGUUUAGGUACUACCACUUUUUGGUCGCGGACACGGUCGACAAGUACCUUUCCGCGGCCUGCCUCGUCAUAAUCAAUUGGUACUUCAAACUGUUCAUGGGCGUCAACGAGCCGGCCUCGGUGAUCACCGAAGAGGACUGAAUUGUGUGUAUAAAUAUUGACUUGUCCACAAUACCACGUGAAUAAACAUUUCGUACCAUUACCCUAUA